UUUAUCAGCAGAAUAUAAUGGAUUUGUUUUAACAUCAUUGUAAUUAUAAGUUCGAUUGUUUAGAGUUCGGUAGGUGACAUUAUAAUGAAUGCACGUUCCGGUCACAUGCAAUCGUGCUUGUCUCACGUUAGGUAGAAGUAAAGCGGGGUCGUGAACGCAUCGAGUUUGUUUAUCAUCCGUCUAGAUAAUUCGAACGAAGUAAUAUUAAGCUAUCAAUAAACACUAUAAUAUAUUAUCCCGCCUACGUAGACGUCUUUCGGAAAGAGUCCACUGUUUCGAAUUUCGAUACAUUUAAAAUGGCUGAAUGUAAACUGGAGCUUCGAAUUGCAACGUACAUGUGUCCCACGCAUCCUGUCGAGUUAUACGAGUUAAUAUUGCAGUUGUUGGAGGAAUCAUUAGAUUGCUAUGCGACAUUGCAAUAUGAGAGUCGCAGUCCAGGGCCAAUUCCAGAACGGCCGGAUCCAUUUGAAACAGAUAAAGUCGACAUCGCUUUUAUGACCGCAGCUGCUUAUAUGAAACUGAGAGCGCGCCAAACAAAUAAAUUCGUACAAUUACUACCAGUUACACCUGUGUUCGCUCAUCAGAUGAAUGUUGAGAACAGACCAGGAUAUUUUUCAGAUGUUAUAAUUCACGCUGAUAAAAGGGCACAUAAUGUAAACACGCUGCUUGACCUGCGUGGGUGUACAUUUGCAUACAGCGACGAAAAUUCUUUAAGCGGAAGCAAAAUUGUUCUUAAGACACUUAAGGAGAAAGGCGAGAAUGCGGCGUUUUUUGGGUCAUAUCUAAGGUCUGGCUCACAUUUGGCCUCUGCUCAAAUGGUUUUAUCUAAGCAAGCGGAAUGGGCAGCGGUCGAUUCCACAACUCUACUUUAUUCAAAGAAAUUUAUGCAGGACGGAGGCAAAGAAAUCAUCACAUUAGAAACGUUGGGACGUCUUCCGCCUUAUCCUGUCGUAUGUAACUCAAGAUUAUCAGAUAAUGUUAAAAAUGGUAUAGUGAAAACAUUGCUGAGUUUACCUCAAACAAGAGAGUGGAAGAAUAAAUUUGCAAAGUUCGGAAUAAUUAAAUUUGAUACAAACAACGAAAGUACAUAUGAUGGGCCGGCUGCACAGAUGUGGUCCAUCCAGAAAGAGAAACUCAAUGUUAGAUAUUAUUAGACUCCUGCUAGUCAUUAGUUUAAUAUAUGUUUUGUAUAUUUUAUAUGCUGAUUAUACACCUAAGAAAUAAUAUUAAUAUGAAACAAAACUUCAUUUUAAAAUUAAACAAUUUUUUGUAUAUUUCUAUUAAAUAUGUAAAAUAUAUGCUUGGCUCUU